AAAUAUUGUGUACGUCAACAAUUUCAUAUCUAGAAAUAUAAAUUCAAAUACACGAGUGUCGACUGUCGAGUACAUUAAAAAAUUAAGUUAUUAAAUAUGACCAACUAAAAACAACAAAUUUAUUAUUCAAAACCUUCCAUGAAGUCUGCAAAUGAAACCAAACUGCAGAAUCAAGAACCAGAAGACAUUGAAUUGGAAGCUGAAAACAUAACACAAAAAACACAACUUAAUACGGAAGAAAUGGAUGGUGAAAGUAAAAAAGAAAAAAUAUAUUCCCAAAAUAAACAAGCAAAAUUUGGAUACAUUAAGUAUGUUAGCCUAGGAAUACUUACAGUACAAAAUUCAGCAUUAGGGUUGAGCAUGAGAUAUGCAAAAACUAGAAGUGGAGUAUCAUUUUCAAAUGCGGCAGCUGUUCUAAUGACAGAAAUUCUAAAACUUGCAAUUUGCAUAGUUUUGGUAAUCAAAGAAUCUGGUGGUAUUGGGAGAGGAUCCCAAGUUUUGUACAGUACUGUGAUAUUGAACAUUAAAGAUACUUUACGAGUUGGUGUGCCAUCAUUUCUGUAUGUUAUUCAAAAUAAUUUAUUGUAUGUUUCCGCGUCUAAUUUGGAUGCUGCAACAAAUCAGGUUACCUAUCAAUUGAAACUACUAACAACUGCUUUCUUUGCUGUGUUAGUUUUAAAAAGGAGAUUAAAACGGUGGCAAUGGGGAGCAUUAGGAUUACUUGUUAUUGGCGUUGCCUUGGUGCAGUUAACGUCUACAGAGGCCAAGAACAAUGCUAGUGAAUCUCAGUCUAAGGUGCUGGGUUUUUCAGCAGUUUUGGCAGCCUGUGUUAUUUCUGGUUUUGCAGGAAUAUAUUUUGAGAAAGUUUUAAAAGAAUCUGAUAUAUCUGUCUGGAUGAGAAAUGUCCAAUUAAGUUUAUUGUCAGUACCUAUCGGUAUCAUUACAUAUCUCAUAGAGAGUAAUGGGGCCAUAUCGGAGUUACUAAAGGGAUUUGAUGGUUUUGUGUGGUACGUAAUAAUACUGCAAGCAGCUGGAGGUUUGAUUGUAGCUGUUGUAGUAAAAUAUGCAGAUAAUAUAUUAAAAGGAUUUGCCACUUCAGUAGCUAUUAUUAUUUCAUGUAUUGCUUCUAUGUUUUUACUUAAUUUCCAUCUAACAAUACAAUUUGCUAUAGGUGCUUUGAUUGUCAUAAGUUCUAUAUUUUUAUAUGGCUAUGUUCCCAAAAAGAAAGAACCUCGGAACCCUUUAAGUGUAUAGUCUUAUAGAUAAUUGUCUUUCCCAGUAUGUACUUAUUAUAUUUUACAAAUUUAGUAUUAAGAUAAUUUUUUAUAGCAACAUUAUUGCUAGCUGAUACAUUAUAUUUUAUACAAUUUUUAUCAUAAAUGACUAGUUUGUCACUAAGAACGAAAUAUACUCUUUAUAUAUAA